AUGUCAUCGACAAAAUUCUUUUUAUUGAUUACAACCGGUGCAAGCCUUUUGGGAUUGUGCAUCUACUAUGACCGAAAGCGUUUGGGGGAUCCGCAGUACAAAAGGAAGCUGCACGAGCGUCGACUACAGAGGGCCGUUGAACAGAAGGAUUCUCAGAUAUCGGUGGAUGAGCAGACAGUGAGGAAGGAGCACGUUCAGCACCGUCUCCAGUUGGAGCUGUUUAUUUGGCUGCCUGCCGUCAAAUGCCUGGCCCAUCCGACGGUCCUCAAGCAGUUGCUUCAUUCGGAGGUGGAGCUGGGGGAUCAACUGAUGCAUAAAGGUCACCUAAGCAAGGGUCUAACGCACUUGGCCAAUGCCAUUAUGCUGUGCAAACAGCCGGCCAUCCAGCCGCUGAUCAUACGAGUGUCAGAGUUUCUGGAGGAGAAUCGACAGUACCGCGAGAUGCUCAAGUCGUUCUCUUCUAGUGAUGCUGACGAGGGGAUUAGCAAUGGCAAUAGCGUGGUGGUCUAG